GGACGCUUCAGUCCGGCAUCAGACGACGGCACAUCUAACGUACCUACUAAUAUUCCAUCGUGAAAUAUAAUAAUACAAUAUUAUACGAUACAUCGUAACAGUAGUCCGUCUGCCGUACACGGAACACACCGGGUCAGCUCCGAACGCGGUCCGGUCGUCGUCUCGUGGUGUGCAUUAAAUAAUAUAAUAAUAAUAUAAAUUAUAAUUGCAAUAAUAAAUUCGUCGCAAUUUCGGCCGUGUCGCAGGCGGUUGCCGUCGUCGGUUUUCCUCCGGACAACACGCACGUACAUCGGACCAGUUUUUCCGUCGAUUGACCGGCACGGGAAACCAGAAAACGUGCGCAGGAUCUACGCAGGAUCUACGCAGGACGCUCUCGCGCAAUGGGAGACGACCGCACAGGGAAACUCGGCGCCGACCGACUGGACGUGGACGACUUGCCCGACGCCGGAGACCGUUUUGAGCUGGGAAAAAUUCUCGGCUCGGGGAUAUUCAGCAACGUUUACGCGGCCAUCGACAGUGAAUCGGGUAAAAAUGUUGCGAUUAAAAUUCAAAACCUCAAAGGAUGUUCGGCCAGCGAAAAAGACGCCAGCGAAGAGUAUCGGAUAUUGAGGGAUCUGUCAUCGCAUCCAAACAUGCCCGACUUUUACGGCGCUUACACCAACAAUAAUGCUGUCGAAUUGUGGUUUGUCAUGGAGAUGUGUGAAGGAGGAACUGUCGUGGACUUGGUCAAUGGUCUUUUGUUGCAAAACAAAAAAAUGAAAGAAGAACAUAUCGGAUAUUUACUCAGAGAGCUAAUCAAGGCCUCAUGUUUUUUACACGAUAAUCACGUGAUUCACAGAGACAUCCGCGGCUCGAACGUGCUGUUGACGAAGAACGGGGAAGUGAAGUUGGUAGAUUAUGGUCAAGCCAGGGAAUUACAGAGUCCGGAAUAUAAAACUAACACUGGAGUUGGAUCUCCUGCAUGGAUGGCACCAGAAGUAGUUUUGGCUGAGUACAAAGACAGUGAACAACCAUAUUACGAUCAGAAAAUCGACGUUUGGGCAGUCGGUAUUACUGCUAUUGAGUUAGGUGACGGUAAACCACCGUACCUCGACAUCCACCCGACGAGGGCGUUGUUCCAAAUUGUUCGAAAUCCGCCCCCAGGACUAUCCAAACCGUCAAACUGGUCGCAAUUGUUUAAUGACUUCAUUGCCGAGUGUUUAGAAAAAAAUCCGGAUCACCGCCCAUGCAUGGAAGAGCUUUUAGAACAUCCGUUUAUAACGCAAGUUCCAGAAAAUGUACAACAAGAGGUCAAGUCAGUGAUGUCAUCAAUUGUUGACGACGUGACGUCUAUCCGAAAACCAGAAGUCAGGAUUAUAAAAACGGGACUCUUAAAAGUGAAUCAAAAGGAAGCUGCCAAACCCAUGCAUCUAGAAGAUUUAGCCGCGUUAAAAGAGGUGUCCGAAGAGACCGUUCUCGACGAAUUGCAAAAUCGCCAUUUGGACGGUCUGAGUUACACGUUUGUCGGUGACGUGCUGUUGUACUUGAACCCGAACCGAGAUGAGCCUCUCUACGAAAAAAAGCACCAUUAUCGUUAUCAAUUCAAAUGCCGAUCCGACAACGCACCUCAUAUAUUUAGCGUGGCCGAUGCAGCUUAUCAGGACAUGCUACAUCACGAACAGCCACAACACAUAUUGAUGGCUGGUGAAACUAAGUCGGGAAAAUCGCUGAAUUACGGGAAAUUAAUCGAACACUUGGUGUUCUUGGGAGAGCAAAACCAUAUCAAAGUGAACGACAUCGGUUUGAAAAUAAAGUGUGCUAUAGACGUGAUUCAAGCAUUCGGCAACGCGGCUAACAAAUAUCACAUAAACUCCACUCGGCACGUGAAUCAGACGCAAAUUACGUAUUCGUCCACUGGCAAGAUUAGUGGUGCAAUAUUUUUCAUCUACCAGUUAGAGAAAUGGAGAGUAACAAACACCAAGUGUAGUGGACAAAAGAAUUUCCACGUAUUCUACGAUUUCUUGGAGGCGGCCAAAGCCGAUCAUGUUUUCAAGCAAUACCACUUGGAGGAGGACCAUCGAUAUCGGUACUUGGUGGGUGACGGUUCAGACGAGCGCUUUCGGUACCAACCCCAGUCAAACGUGAAAAACUUCAACAAGCUGUUGACUUGCAUGAAGGACACGUUGGAGUUUACGGAUGAACAGUUGAACACGACAUGGCACAUUUUGGCGGCCAUACUCAACCUUGGCGAGCUGAGCGUUUCCGACGAUGAUGAUGGCGAGACCAAGAUUGAAAGUGCCGAACUACUCACGAAGAUCGCCGAAUUGUUGGAAGUGGACUCAAAAAAACUGAGCUGGUCGUUGUUAAAUUACUGUGUGGUGGUCAAUGGCACUGCGGUUCGUCGCAAGCAGACGGUUUCGGGGGUGUACGCGUGUUUGCGAGUGUUCUCACAGACAUUGUACGCUAGACUGUUCGAUUGGAUAGUGAACGUCAUCAAUCUGAAAUUAUCGUUCACCAGGGCCAUAUUCGGAGACACGCACGUGGUCUAUUUGAUGGACUCAUUCGGUUUCGAAUGUUUCCACCAGAACAAUUUGGAUCAACUGUACGUCAACUGUCUAAACGAACAACUCCAGUACCAUUACAAUCAACGGAUGUUUGCGUGGGAAAUGCAAGACUUGGAGGAAGAGGGCAUGGACCAGUACAGCAUGCAAUACCGAAACAAUAAACCGAUAAUAGAUGCACUUAUGAAUAACCCAGAUGGACUUUUUUACAUGUUUGACGAUGCUACUAAAAACUGUGAAGAAAACUGUGAAUACAUCACAAAUGCACUAGAGAUCAACCCCAAAGAACCAUACAUCCACGUGGCCAGUUCAAAGAGCUUUAGUGUGGCGCACUAUAGUGGCACUGUCUCGUAUCAACUGAAAGACAUACUUGAAAAAAAUCGUGACUUCUUGGCACCUGAAGUUGUCGAAACAAUGCGUAUGUCCAAAGAUAACGUGAUAAAGGACUUAUUCUCCAACCGGUUAACAAAAUCUGGAAAUCUAACAGUGUGCAGAGAGAAGACUUUAAUGGUAAAAAAUAAAAACAGCAAAAUCAGUCGAUGGGGCGCUGCGUUGAUGUCAGAAAAAACUCCGAUUCGAAAGUACAACACGGAAUCCCGCGGCGAGUAUUCGCAAACGCGGCGCAUGCGCACUGCGUCUGCUGUUUAUCGGUCGAGCAGCAUGGAAAUCCUGCGAUCGCUGGCCGACACGGCCGACCAAAAGAACGGCGUGCACUUUGUCCGAUGCUUGCGAGCGACGCUUACCGAUGAGCCACUUGGCUUCCAACCGGAAGUGGUCAGGCAGCAGAUCAAAGCGUUGUCCGUCGUCGAGACAGUGUCCGCCCGGCAGGACGGUUACUCGUGCCGGAUAUCAUUCCACGAGUUCAUACAGAGGUAUAAGUUUUUGGCAUUCGAUUUUUAUGAAAACGUUGAAGUCACCAAGGAAAACUGUCGAUUAUUGCUGAUUCGUUUGAAAAUGGAAGGAUGGCUAAUUGGAAAGAGCAAAGUUUUUCUCCGCUACUACAACGAGGAAUAUUUGUCCAGACUGUACGAGACCCAAGUGAAGAAAGUUGUAAAAGUACAGUCAAUGCUCCGAGCAUUCAUUACGAAAAGGAAAAUUCAACCGCAGUUGAUAAAACAACAAUCUGCGAAUAAACGAAAAUAUUCAACGACUCAUGAGGAAGCGGCACUAGUCAUACAAAGACAUUAUAAGGGAUAUCAAGUACGAAAUAAAAGCAGUUCGAUAAAAGUCGGCAAACUUGAUGCCGUAGGUCGUAAAAAACUAAAGAUGAUUAUUAAUAAAUGGAAAGGAAAGUCAAUUUAUCAAGUUGUAUUGUUGGAUCGAGCCAACAAACUUCAAGACGUUGUAUACUUUUCGUUGCAAGUGCAUUUGUACAACCAGCACGCGAUUAGUAACUUGAACAACAUGAACCACCGACCGGUUAUGCUGAAAGAUGUGAUGAGCACGACCAGCGUAAACGAAUUCUUGGGCAGCAAGAGGUGUUAUUUGUACAAGAUACCGUUCCAAUUGAAUCAAAUGGACACGGAAACCAAUCACAAUAACUUGAUGGACGAAAAUAUAGUGAGUAAUGUGGACGAUUGCAAUUGGGACUCUCCUCUGAGUCGUUUUCCAGAAGCUCGUACUGCGUUUAAAAUUUUGAAACAUUCGUUCGCUGUCCGAGAUCAAGGCAUACAAGUGGAUAUCGCUCAAGGGGUACGAUUUUCCGAUCCCGAAUACAGUAAACCACAAUAUUUUGAGAACAAUCGUAUGCAACAAAAACAAGAUGAAAAACCAAUAAAACAACCUGUGAGUGACAAUAGAUAUACCGUGAAAGAGAAAAAUGAUACGAAAGUGAUCACUACAGUGAAUAAAUCAAACAUAAAAAAACCAUCAGAUAAAUCAAAUCCUGUACUUGAACUCCAAUUAAAAGGAAAACAAUACCAGUCGGGGUACGCAGAUGAAGAUGAUCCUCCUUACAAUUUUCAGGCGAUUUUGAAAAAGACCAACUACAAACGUCCUUCAUUGGACGGUCGGACUAUAGAGUUUUCGUCCAGCGGUGACCGAAUGACGAACAGGUACGAUGGACGACGGAUAGAAGAAGAUUACGGUCGUAGGUCGGACUCAGACAACGUAAAACAGUCAAAGGACUACAAGAACGAGCUGAACCAUAAACUGUCCAGAGCAACGAGGACUGAGAUCAUACCGGGCGUGAUGCUCGAGGGCUCUUCUUGCGACCUUUAGAUGACCAUCUAAUGGCCGUCGACGUCGCAAAAACUAUAGUUAUUAUAAUAUCAUGAUAUUAUUAAUUAUACGGGAUACGGAUACAUUUUUAUGUUCGCUUUCUAGUCGCUAAAUAUAGUUAGGUAUAAUAGUCUUGGUCAUGAAAUCAUUUUAACGCCAUAUCUGCGACCAUCUGACAAUAGAUUACAUUUUUCCUGAUAUUCACAAGUCACAACCAAUUGUGUAACAGUUUAUGUUUUAACCACGGUAAAAUCCGAACAUUUAAAUGCUUUAAAUGCUUGAAACUAUAUUAUCAUAAUAUAACCUGUACCUUUCACACAUAUAUUGGCCACUUUAGUUAAGAAUAUACUUAACACGUUUUUAUGUGAACUAUCACACUAAAGUGCAAUAAACUAUAACAAUAUUAUAACAUCGU